AUGACUGCAAGUGAUAUCGAAGCUCAACCACAAGAGCCAGUUGAAACUUACGAACCAAAGUUCGAACCAACCCCAACCACCGCUUCUCCAGCUAAGAACCAUUUAAUUGCUUUCUUGGGUGAAUUCAUCGGUACUUUUAUGUUCUUAUGGAUUGCCUUUGUGAUUGCACAAAUUGCCAAUGAAGAUCCAACCAUUCCUGCUCCAGGCCAUGGAUCUGAUCCAAUGCAAUUAAUCAUGAUUGCAUUUGGUUUCGGUUUUGGUGUUAUGUUGGGUGUUUUCAUUUUCUUUAGAAUUUCCGGUGGUAAUUUAAACCCAACUGUUACAUUAUCGUUAAUGUUAGCUAGAGCUAUUCCACCAGUCAGAGGUGCUAUUAUGAUUUUUGCUCAAAUGCUUGCUGGUAUGGCUGCUGCUGGUGCUGCUUCUGCCAUGACUCCAGGUCCAAUUAAAUUCGCCAAUGCUUUAGGUGGAGGUGCUUCUAGAACUAGAGGUUUAUUCUUGGAAGCUUUUGGUACUUGUAUUUUAUGUUUAGCUGUUUUAUUCUUAGCUGUUGAAAAAUCUAAGGCUACAUUCAUGGCUCCAUUCGUUAUUGGUAUUGCUUUAAUGUUAGGACAUUUGAUUUGUGUUUACUACACUGGUGCUGGUUUAAACCCUGCUAGAUCUUUCGGACCAUGUGUUGCCUCUAGAUCAUUCCCUAACUACCACUACAUUUAUUGGAUUGGUCCAAUUUUAGGUGCCUGUAUUGCUGCUGGUAUCUGGCAUCUUUUCAAGUUCUUGAACUACGAAACCUGUAACCCAGGUCAAGAUGCUAGCGAAUAA